UUGAAUGCGCCGGAGCUUCAGCUUCAAACGUGCUGUUACUAGUAACAGGGUCAGUUGCAAAAGUCUCUUCUCACAGUUCUCACUGUUUUCUACAGUAAUUGGUAAAUACUUCUUUACACUAAAACGAACCAUCAAAUCUUGUAGUGACUAUGGUAACGCUUACCCGAUGCGUCUGCCACAAAUCUCACGAGAACUGGAAGAAAGUUGCGCACGCAGCCGUCGCCAUCUUUAAAAUUAGAAGGAGGCGUAUGCAGGCAUUGCUGGUGUGCAGCCAGUCAAUUAAACUUGGGCAAAUUUCCACAACAAAAGUAUUCCAAGCAUGGCUAAUCGAAAUAUGCAACAAGUUAACAUGCAAAGCAACAAUUCUCCUCAACCGGCGAGACGCGGAACCGACUCACCGGCCGCGGAGCAGACACCGGCGAACAAAGACAGCCCGGCCCCGCCGAGGCAGUCCCCCGUUGCUGAACAAAUGGAAGGAGCCGUGGAAGGAAGCGGCGAAGGCCCGACAGAAAUGACCCUAGACAUUACUAGUUUCCGAAAGCCCGGUGAAAAGACGUUCACUCAGCGCUCCCGUCUUUUUGUCGGCAGUCUCCCGCCGGAUAUUCCAGAGGAGGAGUUCAAAAACAUGUUUUCUAAAUAUGGGAACGUCAACGAGGUGUUCAUCAACAGAGAGCGGGGCUUCGGCUUCAUUCGUUUGGAAACCCGAACUCUAGCAGAGAUCGCUAAAGCCGAGCUGGAUGGGACUAUUUUGAAUAAUCGACCAAUCAGAGUCCGCUUUGCCACACACGGUUCUGCGCUCACAGUGCGCAAUCUGCUGCCUGUGGUGACAAAUGAACUGCUGGAACAGGCGUUUUCCCAGUUUGGACCAGUGGAACGGGCUAUUGUUGUGACAGAUGACCGAGGUCGUCCCACUGGGAGAGGCAUUGUGGAGUUUGCAAGCAAAGUAGCAGCGCGUAAAGCUCUGGAGCGGUGCACCGAGGGAGCACUGUUGCUGACCACAACACCCUGUCCUGCCAUUGUGGAACCUGCAGAACACUUUGAUGAUGAGGAUGGCCUUUCUGAAAAACUGCUGCAAAAGACUCCAAAGUACUAUAAGGAACGAGAACAGAAGCCACGUUUUGCUCAGCCCGGGACAUUUGAGUUUGAGUUCUCAUCUCGUUGGAAAGCUCUUGAUGAGAUGGAGAAACAGCAGAGGGACCAGGUGGACAGGAACAUUAAAGAAGCUAAAGAGAAACUGGAGGCCGAGCUGGAGUCAGCCAAGCAUGAACAUCAGCUCAUGUUAAUGAGACAAGACCUAAUGAGACGUCAGGAGGAGCUGAGGAGACUUGAGGAGCUUCGCAACCAAGAGCUACAGAGACGAAAGCAGAUAGAGAUGAGGCACGAGGAAGAGAGGAGGAGGAGGGAGGAGGAGCUGAUGAGGCACAGAGAGCAGGAAGACCUGAGACGCCAACCAGAUGGCUUCAAACCAAACUACAUGGAAAACAUCCUGCACUGAUUCCAGUGAUCCAGCCAAGCAACAGGUAAACUGUCUGUGUAUGCUUAGUUUAAAGAUUUCUAUUUGAUAAAUCGACACAGAGCCGUGACAUCGUAAAUUGAUAACACUCCACAAAGAUUUGAGUUACAUCCACAAAGAUCUUGGACGUCGACUUCAUGAUUUAUUGGUCAAAAAUGACCAAAAACAUUAUAACUUAGAAACUGUGAUUAUUGUCAACAUAUAGAACUGGAGGAAAAAGGUUUAAAAAUAUCAUGUCACAUUUGACCUCUGACCUCUCUUUGAAUGUCAAUAGAUUGAUCUGAAGGACAAAGUGAUACUAAUGUUACAUACAGCUUUUUAAAAUGAUAGUAGGUUUCCAGACUGACAAAAACAUGUUGGCCUGGGAGACUUUGAGUAUCAUUGAUAAUUACAUUAUGCCUUUAAGUAUAUUACAGUUACAGGUUAUAACUGUUUUAAUACACAAGAAUGUGAAAACAUGUAAAAUGUUCCAGAUUUUUGUUUUAAACAUGUUAUCACAAAUGUUUUUCACUGAUAUUUAUUACUAAACGAAUUUUGCUUAAAACAAAAAAUAAAUAUGUAUGAUGAUGGGAAGUAUAUGUAAAUGGGUUUCAACAGAGAAAAUAGCAAAAGGCUGCACUUUGUUGUGCAGUCUUCUUAUAGUAUGUUUAAAAAGAACAAGGAAAACACAGUAAUUACAAUUAUAGUCCCUUAAAAGUAAACACUGCCUUAGCUGAGGUUUGUGCUCUGAGUACUUCUUGUUUCUGAACCACUUAUUUUUAGUCUUGUUAGUCUUAGUCAUAUGUCAUUAAUAAUUUUUCCAUUGAAUUAUGAUUUAGGUGAAGCCAGCAUUGUGUAGUUAUAAAAGAUUUUAGAUAUGAAAGGUGGUUCAUAUCAGUUGGUCAACUUGUUACAGUAAAACAAAUGCAUUUAAAUUUCUACUCCCACAGGUACUAAAUGAUUUACUGUAAAUAAAAAGAUUUGUAAAACCACA